AUGAGUGGCGUUGCUACCAGUAAGCUCGCAGUGGCCGUGACCUUGAGCGGAGCGACGAACCAGGGUUUGGAUGUCCUUCCAGUGGGAGUUGGUAUCAUCGUUAUUGGCAGCACGCCCCAACGCUGGCUACCCAUCUUUGCAAAGUUCAAGCCUGCAGUAGUUUGGCUGUCAUUUGGAAAUACGCAGCAAAUGAAAGCCUGGACGGAAGGCAUACGAGAAACAACUUCAUUCUCCAAGGUUUGGAUACAGGUUGGAAGCGUCAGCGCCGCUUUGAAAGCAGCUCAAAGCUGCCAGCCAGAUGCUUUAGUAAUGCAAGGAAGUGAUGCAGGAGGCCACGGCCAUGCAAAAGGAGCGAGCGUGGUGGCCCUGGUUCCGGAAGUGGCAGACGCUCUCAAAGAUCAUGGGCUCUCUCACAUCCCAAUUCUUGCAGCUGGUGGCAUCAUGGAUGGAAGAGGAGUGGCAGCAGCUAUAACUCUUGGAGCUGAGGGCGCGGUCCUGGGCACUCGAUUCAUCGGAGCAGAGGAAGCGGAUAUGGAUUCAGAUGUUCGCGAUGAAGUUUUCGCGGCCUCAGAUGGAGCAGAGUCUACUGUGAGGUCUCGGGUAUUUGACGACAUUUGGGGCGCAAACCCAUGGCCGCAAUUAUACGACGGCAGAUGCUUGAGAGGCGCAUUUUACGACAGCCAAGAGAAGGGAAUGGAUAUGGACUCGAUACGAACACAGUUCUACCACGAUAGUAGGCGAUCCCAGACAGAGGAAGUUAGCAUGAGAGACAUUGCUUGUAUCUGGGCAGGGGCAGGAGUGGGAUUAGUCAGGAAACUGGAACCGGCCGCUGAUAUUGUAAAAAAGCUUCCGGAGGAGGCGGAUUAG